AUGGAACUUCAGACCCACUUGAUAAAGUUUGCAUUUUCCCGCCACCCAAAUCUCAGAAAACAAUUAACGACACUCUAUUCCAGCUCUCGUUGUUUUGGGCAUGCCCGUAACCUGUUUGAUCAAAGUACUGAACCAAAUACACUUGUUUCUUGGUCUGCUUUGAUAUCUCGGUAUGUGCAAAAUGGGUUUCAUAAAGAGGCCUUAUUGGCAUUUAAUGAGAUGUUUACGUUGGGUGUUAAGUGUAACGAGUUUACAUUCCCAAGUGUUCUCAAAGCAUGUUCAAUCAAAAAAGAUUUGAAUAUGGGGAAAAAGGUGCAUGCCAUGACUGUGGUCUCAGGGUUUGAGUCUGAUGCAUUUGUUUCCAACACUUUGGUUGUUAUGUAUGCCAAAUGUGGGGAGUUUAUUGAUUCUAAGAAAUUGUUUGGUAUGAUUUUGGAGCCAGGCGUUGUUUCGUGGAAUGUCAUGUUUUCUUGUCAUGUGCAGAGUGGUUUCUUAGGUGACUCUGUUGAUUUGUUUAAACGAAUGGUUGAGGGUGAAGUAAGGCCUAACGAAUUUAGCCUUUCAAUUAUAUUGAAUGCCUGUGCUGGAUUGCGGGACGGGAGUCUUGGAAGGACGGUUCAUGGUUUUUUAAUGAAGCUUGGACAUGGUUUGGAUCAAUUUUCUGCGAAUGCGUUGGUUGAUAUGUAUGCUAAAGGAGGGAGGAUUGAAGAUGCUGUUGCUGUUUUUCGAGAAAUUAUACACCCGGAUACUGUUUCUUGGAAUGCGGUUAUUGCUGGUUGUGUUCUUCAUGACUAUAAUGAGUUGGCUUUGAUACUGUUGAAUGAGAUGAAAAAGUUGGGAACUUGUUGUCCCAAUGUGUUUACAUUAUCAAGUGCCUUAAAAGCUUGUGCUGCAAUGGGGUUUAAGGAUUUAGGUAGACAGAUACAUUCUUGUUUGGUAAAGAUUGAUACUGACUCAGAUUUGUUUGUGGCUGUUGGGCUAAUAGAUUUGUAUUCCAAGUGUGAGAUGAUGGAUGAUGCAAGAAGAGUUUAUGAUUUGAUGCCAACGAAGAAGGAUAGUAUUGCAUGGAAUGCUUUGAUCUCUGGUUACUCGCAGUGUGGUGAUGACUUACAAGCGGUCUCACUUUUUUUCAAAAUGCACCAUGAAAAUAUAGAGUUCAAUCAAACUACUUUGUCGACGGUUCUUAAAUCUGUGGCCAGCUUGCAGGCAAUUAAGGUGUGCAAGCAAAUUCAUACAAUUUCAAUGAAGUCUGGAAUUUAUUCAGAUUUCUAUGUCAUAAACAGUCUUCUUGACACUUAUGGAAAAUGUAGUCAUAUAGAUGAAGCUUCAAAAAUAUUCCAAGAGCGCACUUGGGAAGAUUUGGUGGCUUACACAUCCAUGAUAACAGCAUAUUCUCAAUAUGGCGACGGGGAGGAGGCUUUAAAGCUAUAUUUGCAAAUGCAAGUUGCAGACAUCAAGCCGGAUCCGUUUGUCUGCAGUUCUCUUUUAAAUGCUUGUGCAAACUUGUCGGCAUAUGAGCAAGGGAAGCAACUACAUGUCCAUGCCAUAAAGUUUGGAUUUAUGUCUGAUAUUUUUGCUAGUAAUUCUCUUGUUAAUAUGUAUGCAAAAUGUGGAAGCAUAGAGGAUGCUGGUCACGCCUUUUCCGAGAUACAGCAGAGAGGAAUCGUCUCAUGGUCUGCAAUGAUUGGAGGGUUGGCUCAACAUGGACAUGGUAAAGAGGCUCUUGAGUUGUUCAAUCAAAUGCUUGAAGAUCGUGUGUCACCAAACCAUAUUACACUAGUCAGUGUUCUCUGUGCAUGUAAUCACGCCGGUUUGGUAAAUGAGGGGAAACAAUAUUUUGAAGCAAUGGAAGAAAAGUUUGCAAUCAAACCUACACAAGAGCAUUAUGCUUGUAUGAUUGAUCUCCUCGGAAGAUCAGGGAAACUAAAUGAAGCAGUGGAGCUUGUGAAUUCCAUUCCAUUUGAAGCUGAUGGAUCCGUUUGGGGGGCGCUUCUUGGUGCUGCAAGAAUCCAUAAAAAUGUCGAACUCGGUAAGAAAGCUGCAGAGAUGCUUUUCGCUCUCGAGCCAGACAAAUCUGGUACUCAUGUUCUCCUUGCAAACAUUUAUGCAUCAGCAGGGAUGUGGGAAAACGUUGCGAGUGUUAGAAAGGUUAUGAAAAACAGCAAUGUGAAGAAGGAACCUGGAAUGAGUUGGAUUGAGGUCAAAGACAAGAUACACACUUUCAUUGUGGGAGACAGAAAUCAUUCUAGAAGCGAUGAAAUAUAUGCUAAAUUGGACGAGUUAAACGACCUUCUAAGUAAAGCUGGAUACAGUCCCGUCACAGAGAUUGAUAUACAUAAUGUGAACCAAAGUGAAAAGGAAAAGCUCUUAUAUCAUCAUAGUGAGAAACUCGCUGUAGCUUUUGGAUUAUUAGCUACACCAGCUGGAGCUCCAAUAAGAGUGAAAAAGAAUUUGAGAGUUUGUGUUGACUGCCACACUUUUCUCAAAUUUGUAUCUAAGGUUGUUUCAAGGCAAAUUGUGGUUAGAGAUAUUAAUAGGUUCCACCAUUUUAAAGAUGGAUCAUGUUCAUGUGGUGAUUAUUGGUAA